GGGACCAAGGAAAAGGAAUGGUUCCACGCACGUGCGGCAUCUGCGGGGAGCAGGCCACCGCGGCGGGCAGGGAAGCAUCGCAUCCGGCUCCGCGCCACCACGUGCCAGCGCCUCCUCCGCCUCUCGCCACCACCGCACCUCCGCCUCCGGAGACCGGAGCACCGGCGCCGGCGCCGGCCAUGAAGCAGCUCAGCCGGCAGUCGAGCCUCAGCAAGCAGCACCGACCGCACCACCACCACCGCCUCUCCCUCUCCCGCUCCCUCGCCUCCUACCUCUUCCGCGAGCAGCGCCUCCUCUUCGUCCUCCUCGGCUUCCUCCUCGCCUCCUCCUUCUUCCUCCUCUACCCGUCCCUCACCCCGCACCCCAACCCUCUCUCCUCCUCCUCCUCCGUGGCUGCCGCCAGUACGGUCGCCGCCAGAAUCCGCCGCGGCGGCGCGUCGUCUGUCAUCUCCGCCGCCGCGCGCCGCCUCCCCGUCGGCGUCCGCAAGCCGUCGCUCCGCGUCGUCGUCACGGGAGGCGCGGGUUUCGUCGGGAGCCACCUCGUCGACAAGCUCCUCGCCCGCGGGGACAGCGUCAUCGUCGUCGAUAACUUCUUCACGGGGAGCAAGGAGAACGUCGCGCACCACCUCAGCAACCCGCGGCUCGAGCUCAUCCGACACGACGUCGUCGAGCCCAUCCUCCUCGAGGUCGACCAGAUCUACCACCUCGCCUGCCCGGCGUCCCCCGUCCAUUACAAAUUCAACCCCAUCAAGACCAUCAAGACAAAUGUGAUGGGGACCUUGAACAUGCUGGGACUGGCAAAGAGAGUUGGAGCAAGGUUCUUAUUGACCAGUACCAGUGAGGUGUAUGGUGAUCCUCUUGAACAUCCACAGAAAGAGAGCUACUGGGGCCAUGUCAAUCCCAUAGGUGUUAGGAGUUGUUAUGAUGAGGGGAAGAGAACGGCAGAAACUCUGACCAUGGAUUACCAUCGUGGGGCUGGCGUUGAGGUGAGAAUUGCACGAAUAUUCAACACAUAUGGCCCUCGUAUGUGUUUAGACGAUGGUCGAGUUGUUAGCAACUUCGUUGCUCAGACUUUGCGGAAACAGCCAAUGACAGUUUAUGGUGAUGGAAAGCAGACUAGAAGCUUUCAAUAUGUUUCAGAUUUGGUUGAUGGAUUAGUAACUCUGAUGGAAAGUGAGCAUAUAGGACCUUUCAACUUGGGAAAUCCUGGAGAAUUUACCAUGUUAGAGCUUGCUCAGGUAGUGAAAGAGACAAUUGACCCAAGUGCUCGUGUUGAGUUCAAACCCAACACUGCAGAUGAUCCACACAUGAGAAAACCAGACAUUUCUAAGGCCAAAUCUCUUCUCCAAUGGGAGCCAAAAAUCUCGCUGAAGCAAGGCCUGCCACGUAUGGUUUCAGACUUCCAGAAGCGCAUCAUGGAUGAGAAUUAAGAACCAAGAAGGAAUGAUCGGAUGCGAAACUGUAAUAUACUUCCCAGAACAUUUUCAGUACCCUGACAAGCUUAGCUGCAGAAUUACAGACAACUUGCCCAAAUUUUCUUCUUUGAGGCAAUUCUUUUUUUUUUUUACAGGUAAUCUCUUGUUUUGUUUUGAUUUCUUUGAUACAUCAGUAUUAUCAAAGGAUGUUGUUAUCAGAAACUUACUGCAGUCAACAGUAGUAGAAAUUUACGUAGAACUUUUUUUUUCUUUGUAUUUUUACUUUGUUAUUAUCUGUUCUGGGGAUUUCCUCUACUAGAGGACAUCAGAAAGAUACUUCAGUUGCCUCAAUAAUACUACUAUAUAAUCAUGUGAUCAA